AUGCUUUGUCAGAAAAGGGGUGAAACAGCAGUCGCAGACGUACAAUUGCUCGAGGGCUUGAAGAAGCAGUUCGACAAGGAUGUGUUUCAGCGUAAGCUCGUCAAAUGGAUAGUUGAGACAAAUCAGCCAUUCAUGGUUGCAGAAAGUGGACCACUUCGCGAUAUUUUUGAUUAUCUUAAUCCCGUUGUCAGUAUCACAAAUGCCAAUCUAUCUCAUGAUGCAAUUCGACGACGAAUAACAGAGGAGUAUCAAUUCUUCCGCCUCCAUGUCAUUAGCGUCUUGCGGCAAAGUCCAAGCGAUAUGGAUAGCGCUUUUGACGGUUGGACAUCCCGCAAUCGGCAUCCAUUAUUCGUAGUGUUUGGACUCCCCAAUCUUACUGAUCGUCACACCGGCGAGAAUAUUGCGGAAAGCGUCCGUGAAAUUUUGGAGUCGUUCGAGCUGAGCAAGGACAAAAUUGGGUAUUUUACCCUUGAUAAUGCCUCGAAUAAUGAUAACGCAAUGGUGUAUCUGGGCCAAUACUACGAGCUGCAGGAUCCCAUGAAGCGCAGGGUUCGAUGUUUCGGGCAUGUUGUUCACUUGGUUGCAAGGGCGAUGCUGCUCGGCAAAGACGAUGUAAGCGAUGCAGCGGAGGAUGACAUCGAUGCCGAAGCCUAUGAUGCAUGGCUGAGAAGUGGCCCAAUGGGAAAGCUUCACAACUUAGUUAUCUGGAUUCAUCGGUCCAUAGAGUUACUGAGAUGCUCCGGGAAGCCCAGACACAGGACGGCGAGAAGAGUUGGCCCGGUUCCCUGGAUGUCCCGCGCCAUCAAACUACGGCCUUAUAUUGAAGCUGUUGUUUCAGACGUAAGGCAUGAGGCAUCGAAACGAAAGAAGAACGGAUUGGAUGAAGAACAGUAG